CUCAAUGAAGAAGGACUCAAGGCAUGAGCUGUGGAAACAUCGAAGGCUUUAUGAUAUCCUAGGUCAAACAAAGAAGCCAUCAGGGGUGGUUUGGAAACAAGGAGACACAAUAACAGCUCGUGACUUGUGAGAUAUGGGUAACGGAAUAAACAAGGUCCUGCCAGAUCUUUAUCUUGGAAAUAUCAAAGAUGCGCAAGACAGGGAGCUGCUGGCAAAGCACAGCAUCACCCACAUCCUGUCAAUCCAUGACACUGCUUCACCAGUCCUGGAGGACAUGAUGUACCUUUGUAUAUCUGCUGCUGACCAUUCUAAGCAAAACCUGAUUCAGUACUUCAGAGACAGCAUUAUGUUUAUUCACGAGUCUCGACUGAAAGGAGAAGGCUGCCUGGUUCACUGCGUGGCAGGAGUGUCUCGCAGCGUCACUCUGGUGGUGGCCUACAUCAUGACAGUGACGGGCCGUGGCUGGGUGGAGGCUCUGGCGGCGGUGAGGGCAGCCAGGCCAUGUGCAGGGCCCAAUUUGGGUUUCCUGAGGCAGCUUGAGGAGUUUGAAAACACGGAACUGACAGAAUAUCGAGCCUGGUGGACGGAGCGGUAUGGGAAGAACUCAUUCAAUGACGAUGAGGAGAUCGAGAACCUUAUAACUCGAAAAUCCAACAGCAGCAGCAGCAUCGUGUCAAACAGCAUCACUCCUGUGUUGGCCACAAGCGGAACCUGAUGAGAAGAUCUUCUGUCAGCCUGAUCUUAACUCAUCUCGAGCAGCUGAUUGCUGUAAGCUUCUGCUUGGACCAUUAAACCCACAAAGGCCAAUUUAGCUACAUUAAAAAAAACAUCAUUUCAUCACUGAUCCUGCACAGAAAAGCUGCUUCAGGACCAUCUUUUUUGUAAAAACGCCUGUAUCGAUAUGACAGGUCGACUCUCCUGUAUGAGGAAUAGGACAAGCAGCCGUGUGAUGGGGGGAUUUUAUGUCAGUGUUGUCAUUUCCCAUCGUCAUGUCAUGUCCUUGCCUCUAACUGUCAAAACAACAUGCAAGGGCAGUCAAGCACAACACCAGGGAAAUAUGUACAUACAGUCCACAGUGAGAACACACAUUUAGUAGUGUUCACUCCCCCUGUCAGUUAUGUUAUGCUGUGUCUUGUACUUGAAAUAUGACUACUGCUUUCUGUAGGUGAUGUGGAGGCUGAGGAAUGCUCUAUUUUCCAGUAAAACAAUGUCUGUAUUGCACUAUACUUCCUAAAUUUAGGUUUUGCUUUGAUUUUAAUUGUAUUAUUAUGUUUCUGAAUGCAAUUCUAACAUUAAAUGUCAUGUUAACAGUUUCUGCAGAAAUGAAUGAAACCGUCAUUUCCAUUAA